UCCCAGAGGCGGUGCUAGUGUGGGCGGGUAAUAAGGACGAGGCUAUUUAAACCCAAGCCCCGCCGCCAGUGGAGUAUCGGAGGGGCUUCAGAGGGGGCAGUGUCUUCCACCGGCUCCCACCCGGAGAACAAAACAAAGAUGCCGCAAAACGUGAUCUUGACAGGUCCGGGCCCUUGGGGUUUCAGGCUGACAGGCGGCGCUGAUUUCAACCAGAAUCUGACCGUGUCCCGGGUAACGCCUGGAAGCAAGGCCUCGCUGGCUAACCUUUCCCCAGGUGAUGUCAUCCUGGCCAUUGACGGUGUCAGUACGGACAACAUGGCACAUGUCGAUGCUCAGAAUAGGAUCAAGGCUGCCUCCAGUAAAUUAAGUCUGAAGAUUGACCGACCUGAAACCAGACUUUGGUCUCCACAAGUCACUGAAGGUGGCAAGACAAAUCCUUUCAAGAUUAAUUUGGAGGCUGAACCACAGGAAAUCAAAUCUAUUGGAGAGUCCCAUAACAGAAAAGCCCAGCCAUUUCUUGCAGCGGGAAACAUUGAUGACAAAAGGCAGGUAGUGAGCUCAAGCUAUAACACUCCAAUUGGCCUGUAUUCUGCUGACAACAUACAAGAUGCCCUCCAAGGACAGCUACGAGGCAUGAUCAUUGAACCACAGGAGAAAGCUGAACCAGCACCAGGAGUUCAACACUCAGAGGUUUACAAAAUGCUGCACAACAACCAAGAAGAAAGUAAUGAACCAAGGCAAUCUGGGUCCUUCCGAGCAAUCCAAGAUUACUUGGAGUCAGAGGAUGGUGGUAAUCGUCCCGUGGUCACCAGAAGUGUGAAGGCUCCAGUGACAAAGGUGGGCACCUCAACAGGAAGUGUUCAGAAGCUGCCACUCUGUGAUAAGUGUGGGAAUGGAAUAGUUGGGACAGUUGUCAAAGCCCGUGACAAGUAUCGCCAUCCUGAGUGUUUUGUCUGCUCCGACUGUGACAUGAAUCUUAAGCAGAAAGGCUACUUUUUCAUAGAAGGACAACUUUACUGCGAAGCCCAUGCAAGAGCACGCACAAAACCACCCGAGGGAUAUGAUGCCAUGCCCGUUUAUCCAAAUAUGAGAAAUUAAAUUUUACAGCAAAAAUGUAAAAAACAAAGUAACAAAGAAGAUCCAUUAUCAUGAGAAACCUUUGCUGUCAUUAUUAAUCCUCUUACAGUAAGUGCAAGUGCUUUUCCACAACGAGAUAUAUUUUCCAACUACAACUUGCUCAGUUAGUCAUGUUAGCAGAUAGAUCUUGUGGAGCUAGCAGAAAUAAAACUACUGUAUACAUUGCAAUGUUGAUGCAACACAUUAUAUAAAGAACUUUGCCUGUGUAAUUACAACAGUUAAAUCAAUAAAAUUGACAGAAUAUAUUGUACACUGAAUGCAGGUAAUAUAAACUGAACAACCAGCCAAUUCACUGCUGAACUAUUACAUGAAUAGUGAACCAUUGUAUUAGCAUACAUCAUACUUCAUUGGUAUUAGUUAAUAAAACAGACAUCAUUAAACUCUUGUAUUAGUUCACAUAGAUUGUGUUCGGUUUUAUAUGGAGUACCAGUUCAUAUGCAGUUGGCUUGUUAGGUUUUAUCCUCUAUCCAGCUCGAGAAUGUUAAAAUUGUGAAAAUGUUACUGCUAUAGAUAAUAAAAGCUAUUGUUUUGGCUGA